AUGCAGGGCGUUGCCAACUUUAGAGAUGUUGGCAAGUCUGUCAACGACUUUCUUGGCGAGAGGCGGCUUCGCGAAGGCUUGCUUUUCCGCUCGGCCAGACUGGACGAUGCGAGCCCUGAGGAUAAGGACUUCCUGAUCAACGAGAUUGGUUUAAAGUCCAUCCUCGACCUUCGGUCAAACACCGAGCGGGCCGAUCAAGCAAAAAGCACGGCACUGGCAGCGCACCCUCCCGCGCCCCGGAAAGCUUAUGAGAGGCUCUUGAUGGGCCAGCUAUCGUGGCUAUCGUUCAUAUGGAUCAUUAUCCUUUUCAUCUUCCGACAACGGCACCGCGCAGUCGCCCUUGUCGUCCGUGAGGCCAUGGUUCCCCGCGGCUUGGUUGGCACACAGCUGGAUACUAUGGAACACUGUGGCGCCGACGUGGCCAAGGCCGUCCGCGUUUUCACCCAGCCCGCGAACCUGCCCGUCAUCGCGCACUGCUCUCUCGGCAAGGACCGAACCGGCCUCGUCAUCGCGCUCGUUCUUAUGCUUCUGGGCGUGCCAAAACGAGCGAUUGAGUACGACUACGCACGCACAGAUGUAGAUCUGGAGCCCAAGCGAGCCCAGAUCAUUGAGGAAAUCUCGUAUACGGGCCUUCCGCCCUCCUGGGCCUACACGGCCAAGGACCUGAUAGAGAGGGUAGCCAAGCUCGUCCAAGAAAAGUUUGGUGGGAUCGACGCCUAUGCUGAUUUCAUUGGAAUCACUGCCGAGGAGAGAGCUGUCCUGCGCGAGACGUUGCUCUAUUAA